AUGACAAAAAAAAACUUUUUUUUUAUCAAUUUUUAUAAUGCCGUUUUUAAACGAUAUUCGCAUUAUAUUUCUUUAAAAGUUCAAAAGAGGGACCAAAGCAACAAAAACGCCUCGAAAUAUCAAUGCUGCUUUUGGAGAGAAUUUGGUGAAUCCAACGACAGUACAACGUUGGUUCAUAAAAUCCAGAAAGAAAAUGAAAGUCUGGAGAACGAAAACUGUAAAAGAUCAGCUCCAACUGUUAAUAAUGACGAGCUGAAGAACGUUAUUGAAGCUAAUUCUUGUCAAGCAGUUAGAGAAGUGUCUAAAGUAAUGGGAGUAUCUAAAUCUAGCGUUUCCCGUCAUUUGAGACAGAUUGGAAGAUCAAUAGAUACCCUUUGA